CUCGGCUGCAUGACCAUGGAGAACGACGUUACUGAGGAGGAAAUCACUUCUGGCACCAGAAGCUGGAGGGAUUUCAUCAAUACAUGCUGGACUUACAUUCUGGAGAAUAAGUUUCUGUUUUCCAAUCAAGCCGCUGUUAUCCUGGGCAUUGCCCUGGGCUUGACUCUCAAGGCCUAUGGCCAGGUGGACAGCAACAUCCACCUCUACAUCGGCUUUCCAGGAGAAAUGCUCAUGCGGAUGCUUCAGGUGGACACGGUUCCACUCAUUGUUACGAGUGUGAUAAUGGGUGUUUCUGGACUGAGCGUUCACUCUUCCAGGAAAAUCGCUCUACGUUCUACAGCAUACAUUUUGUGCACUACUCUGAUAGCUACGAUUAUAGGGAUAACACUGGUUUUGUUGAUGAAGCCUGGAGUUGCUUAUGGUAGUGAAAUAGAAGAGGGACAAGAAGGGGAGGACUUCUCCACUGCUGAUGCCCUGAUGGAUCUUUUAAGGAACAUGGUCCCACACAACCUGAUUCAGGCUUGCUUCCAACAGUUCAGGACUGAGAAGACGGAGAUUGAAACUGAAGACUAUGAUUACAGUAGUAGCAUGAUGAAGAAUGUGACCGAAGUGCGAAAGAGGGGCCGCUAUGUUAACGGCUUCAACACAAUGGGUCUGAUUGUCUGGUCUUUUGUUUUUGGCGUGAUCCUCAACAAGAUGGGAGAAAAGGGGAAAAUCCUUGUCGAGGUCGUUACUGUCAUGAACGAGGCCAUAACAACUACGAUCGACAUGAUAAUGGGCUACUUGCCAGUUGGAGUGAUGUUCAUGAUUGCAAGCAAUGUUUUGGAGAUUUACGACUGGGAUACUAUCUUCAAACUUGGAAUGUUCGUUUUAGUGGUUAUGAUUGGGCUUGUAAUCCAAGGAGCAAUAGUUUUACCACUGAUCUAUUUCGUCUUUACGAGACGUAGCCCCUUGGCUGUUAUGAGGGGGGUUUUUCCUGCCUUAAUGACUGCACUGGUCAUCUCGUCCAGCUCUGCCACACUGCCAGUCACUUUCGAAUGUUGUGAGGACCGACUGAAGAUCGACCAAAGAAUUACUCGCUUCAUACUGCCCAUUGGGACCAGCCUCAACUUGAACGGAUCUGCCAUUUAUGAAGUGGUCGCAGCAGUUUUCAUUGCCCAACUCAACAAAAUUCACCUGGACUUCGCCCACUUACUUACCGUUGCUGUGACGGCAGCAGUGGCCAGCAUAGGAGCAGCAGGGCUCCCAGCUACAGGAGCAGUGACCACUCUUUUUGUGUUGGCGGCAGCUGGUUUACCUGCAAAGGAAGCCUCCACUCUGGUGGUUGUAGAAUGGCUCCUAGACCGCUGCAACACUGCUAUCAAUGUCAUGGGAAACUGCUAUGGCGCAGCACUCAUUUACAGAGUGUCGACACAAGAACUGGAACACAUGACAAGGAGGGAUGCUGCGAAUCUUGAAAAUAUUCAGGUCAAUAUCAGCAGCCAGGCCUCUGAUGAGGACAUUUUCCACAGCGAUGCGUCCCAGAGCGAGGACAUUGGUCUCCAGAUUCUGCGCACCCCACCAGAAUAUCUGUCAGACCAAGACAGCGAUGACCAGAAUGUGUAGUGUCAACUCAGAGUACAACAGGGACAAACACUCUCAUUUUUUCUGAUGAAUUUCUGAUUUUCCGACAAGACUAACAUAAAAAUGCACUUAAAAUAAAUGACACUUUCACUUUGUACAGUGUAGUUAUUGAAUUGAUGAAAUUGAACUAACUUGGAUUUAUUUCAGUAUUUAUUGGUCAAUUAAUUAUGGGUCGACCGAUACUGUUUUUUCUGGGCCGAUACCGAUUAUUAGUAGUUAAUGAAACCAAUAACCGAUAUUUGGAACU